AUGUCGAGUCGCAAUUCGACAGAAUUCGUACAAGGCAGUCCCGCUCUACCCCAAACGCGAAAAAGGCAGCAUUGGACUAGAGAGAUGAAUGUCAGUCUAAUCAAUGCUUAUUUUGAAGUUACCGAGGGAGAAACUAAGACCAAGAAAUAUGCCGCUAAACUAGCGGAACGAUGGUCCGAGAUGUUCCCAGACAAACAAUUCGCCGGGAAGCACCUAAUUGCCCAAAUCAGGAAUAUACGUAGCCGAAAAUUGCUCGCUCCAGACGAGAUCGAAAUGAUUAAGGCCAACACAAGGGGAGACUCACCAAACAAGACAGCUGAGAGAAUAAGAAGAAGCAUCCAGCGACGAAGCACAGCUAUACUGCCAGAGAUAGAGAGCAACCAAAACCGGUGCGAACAGCAGGUACCAGAACCCGAAGCCGAUGAGGCAAGCCUAGAAAUAAGAGAACUCUUCCAAAAAAUAAACUUACAAUGGACUGGUGUACCUAUGGAAGCUAGACCUAAAAUCCCAAAACUCAACCUAAACAGGAACGCUAAAACUACCAUUCAAGUAGUUGACAACGCGAUGCAAUCGGAAUUCAACAGUGCAGCCGACUUCGAAGAAUUAUGCCAUAAAGUUUACUGCGCAGCAACGGUCACCAACAUCAUACAACAGACGAAAACUCCAGCUCAGGAUACCCCGCAUCGGCGGAAACCACCUUGGGACGAACGAAUCGAGAAAAAGAUAACCAAUCUGAGAAGGGAGAUUGGAAUCAUACACACAUACCUGAAGAACCCAAAACCAAGUAAGAAAUUGGAGAGAAAAGCCCAAGCAUAUGCACGCCGAAUAAAAACAAACAGGAAAGAAACACCAAAUUGUGAACGAUUAAGAUUACACUCAGAGAACUUAAAACAAAAAAUUGCAGCGCUAGGAAGUAGACUAAGGAGGUAUCACAAACGAACACAGAGAUACAGAGAGAACAAUCUUUUUUCGAAUAACCAAAGGCAGUUCUUCAGGAGUCUGGACGAAGAAGUAAGUAACAGCAAGACAAAACUUCCAAGCCCGGCAGAUAUGCAGAAAUACUGGUCGAGCAUUUGGUCACAGAAGGGAAAACAUAUAACUAACGCAACAUGGAUAGAACAGGAAAGAAAAGAACACAACGGCAUACAAGAGAUGCCCGAGAUAGUGGUGAGUGAAAAAGAUGUGGAGGAGACGGUGAGAAGAAUGAAGAACUGGGCAGCACCAGGCAUUGACGGAAUCCAAAACUACUGGUGGAAAGCGUUCAAGCACACACACAAAUCACUGGCCUCACUGAUAACAGAAGCGAUAAAGCACCCCCACACUAUACCAGAAUAUUUCACGCAUGGCACUACUAUCAUGCUCUCAAAGAAAGGCGACCUAACACAGCCCAGGAACUAUAGACCUAUAACGUGUCUGCCAGCUGUUUAUAAAAUUAUCACCUCAACUAUAGGCCAUAAAAUACAGAUACACCUGAAGAAGAACAAAAUCAUGGCUUGGGAACAGAAUGGGUGCAAGGAGAGAGGGAGGGGCAGUAAGGAACUUCUGGUAAUAGACAACAUACUAACGAAGCAGGCAAGAAGAAAAUUGAAAAACAUCUCCAUGGCCUGGAUAGAUUACCAGAAGGCAUACGAUUCGAUACCACACUCCUGGAUCCUUGAAGUUCUGGAAAUCUAUAAAGUUAAUAAACUGGUGAUUGGUCUAAUAAAGUGUCUCAUGUCAACGUGGCGUACCUACCACGAUAUCAGUCAACAACAAAGCGAAUAG